AUGGAAUUUAAAGACAUAGAUUCUUUAAGAUAUCAUAUAAAGAAGAUCAUAUCAGAUGAGUAUGCCUGGAAAAACUUAUCUCCAGUUUUCACGCAAUAUAAAAAAGCCGCUAUAUUGUUUCCCUUGACGUAUAAUUCCUGUAAUAAAAUAGAAGUUUGGUUGACCAAAAGAUCCCAACACGUUACGCAUGACAAAGGUCAUAUCUGUUUUCCCGGUGGUAUGUAUGAGGAUCAACAUGACCGAGAUGAAAUAGAUACAGCUCUAAGAGAAGCACACGAAGAAAUAGGCUUAGAUCGGUCAUUCGUUGAUGUGUUAGGUAUUUUAAUCCCUUAUAUUAAUAACAGAAAAGUUUUGAUUACUCCUGUUAUCGCAAUUGUUGCUGACCGUUUCCAACCGAGACCGAACCACGAAGUCGAAGUUGCUUUUAAAAUGCCCCUUUCAAGAUUUUUAAAAAACGAUAAUUACAAUUCAUUUAUUCUAAGAAAUCCUCAUUCAAAUAUAAAUUCUAUUGUGCAUAUUUUUUCUGAUACAAUUGAAAAAAACAUGAAUGUAGUUACUUUCGGUGUUACUGCGACGAUGCUUGUUGAGGUUGCUGUUGCAGUUUUAAAAAAGCUUCCGGAAUUCGAUCAAACAAAUUAUAAUAUAGAAAAACCUUUUUUAAGACAAACUAUGAUUAUCAGAUUCUUGACAGAAUCAUGGAAAACUAACGAAAUCCGUAGCAAAUUAUAG